CAUGCUUAACGUGACCCACUUGCCAUUGUUCAUAAAUGAUUAUUUUGGCACAGAUUUUCCUUCAAAGAUCCAUGCCUCAUGCUUGAAGAUGAAAGCCUCUAAAGAACACAAGAAGCAGAAGCUUCAACAGAGGGGAUGCAGGGCCCUGUGUUGUAGUUGCAGGCUGAGUGUGUCUUCUUCAGAGGAAGCAGAAAGCUCCAAUUCUGAUCGGUUUGCAUCCAUAUCAAGCCUAGCGCACGCCAUGGUCCAAGAGAGGUUAGACCAAAUGAUCAGAGAAAGGCAGGAGACGAGGCACAUAGAGCGGAGGCGGCAAAGAAGUGAAGGGACUAAAUUCGUUGUUAUGGUAGCCAUGGAAAAGUGCUCUUACGAUCCAAGAGAAGAUUUCAGAGAGUCUAUGGUUGAGAUGAUUAUGGCGAACCGGAUUCAAGAGCCCAAGGACCUUCGCAGCCUCUUGAAUUACUACGUUUCAAUGAAUUCUGAGGAGUAUCAUGGGAUUAUACUAGAAGUUUUCCAUCAGGUUUGCACUAGUUUGUUUUUAUGUUGUAAAUGCCAUUGAAAACCAAUGUGAUAUCUUUUCAGAAUAACUGGUCUACUCUUGAACAA